AUGGGUCGCUUCGCCUUCCUCCCCCUGGCGCUGUUGUCGCUGCAGGCCCUGUUUACUGGUGGUCGUGCGACUGACGAGUCCGAGAAAGCUGAGGCACCGACUGAGGCCCCGACGUUGGCUGUCUCCGUCCAGGCUUCUUUCCCCGCCUCCGAGAUCUUCGGCAUCAAGCUUGUCAACGGCCAGCCAACUCAGGCCCUGCUGUCUUUCAGCAAUGAGGAGGACUCUCCUGUGACGGUGAAUUUCGUUGGCGGAAGUCUCUGGACGCCCGAGGAAAACAGCCGCAUUGUCCGUAACCUGACGACAACGAGAUAUGGCGUCGAGAUUCCGGCAGGUCAGAAGGAAACUCUGCCCUAUAGCUUUGCGACGGAAAUGCACCCUCAGGACCUGAGAUUGAGCCUGGUGUCGGUCAUUAGCAACAGCGAAGGACAAUUCUUCACGCUCCCGGCGUUCAACGGGACCGUGAGCGUUGUCGAGCCAGAGACUAGCAUCUUUGACCCCCAAAUUAUUUUCCUCUACUUCUUUAUCCUGGCUUUCUUCGCGGGCAUCAUCUACUUCUUCUACACGGUUUGGAUUGCGCCGUAUUUCCCGCAGAAGCGCAGAGGCAGGGGUGGUGACUCGAAGAAGUUCUCUGGCGCGAAGAAGGCCGAGUCGACUGAUGGAUCGAACGGUGCUGCCGCUGUUACUUCCGCAACCACCUAUAAUGCGGAGUGGAUUCCGCCUCACCACAUCCAGAGACCCGAGGCGCGGAAAGUGAAGGGUUCACGAUCCAAGAGCAAGAGCCGUGCCUGA